GUUUAAUAAAACCAAUUAAAUAUGAAUGAGAUCCCAAUUUACAGUACCUUUAUCUUCAGACAAGUUCAUAUAAACUCUUGUUAUUUGUAUGGAUUCAUCAGAUUAGAGAAUGCUGAGAGAGCAGUAUCAUAAAAACUAAGGGAAAGAAUGUUGUAAGGAGGGCCUAAUAGCCACGGUAAAUGCUGCAGAGAGAGCAAAUGCAGUGAAUGUUUUGGAGUUCACUAGCUUCCUUUGGCAGAGCCAUAUUGAUAAAGGGCGGGGGUGGUUGAAGAGUGAAUCAUUGUAAAAAUUGAGAGAAUGUAGGGCUACCCUUGCUUGAGACCUUGUGCCUUCCUUGUACCCCAGGUUAGCUGCGCCUGUUCUGGUCUCCCAGAUGUGCCCUCACCAAAAUCUUGCUGCUUCUCUUCCGGAGCCUCUAAUUAAGCAUUUGCUUGGUUGUUUGUUUUAACAGCUAUGAAACCUACAUAGUCAAGCCCCACAAUGCUUCUGCUGUCCGAUGUGUGAUGAGGAAGAGAGUUUGGCUUUGGAGCGCUGGGAACCUGAGGCAUCGCCGAGGACUUGGAGCCCAGCCCUGACCACUAGAGAGCCCACAACACAAUGAACAAAUUGAACUUCCAUAACAACAGAGUCAUGCAAGACCGCAGGAGUGUGUGCAUUUUCCUUCCCAAUGAUGAAUCUCUGAACAUCAUCAUAAAUGUUAAAAUUUUGUGCCAUCAGUUGCUGGUUCAGGUAUGUGACCUGCUCAGGCUAAAGGACUGUCACCUCUUUGGACUCAGUGUCAUACAGAAUAAUGAACAUGUGUAUAUGGAGCUGUCACAAAAGCUUUAUAAGUAUUGUCCAAAAGAAUGGAAGAAAGAGGCCAGCAAGGUACGACAAUACGAAGUCACUUGGGGUAUUGACCAAUUUGGGCCUCCUAUGAUUAUACACUUCCGUGUACAGUAUUAUGUGGAAAAUGGCAGAUUGAUCAGUGACAGAGCUGCAAGAUACUAUUAUUAUUGGCACCUGAGAAAACAAGUGCUGCAUUCUCAGUGUGUGCUCCGAGAGGAGGCCUACUUCCUGCUGGCAGCCUUUGCCCUGCAGGCUGAUCUUGGGAACUUCAAAAGGAAUAAGCACUAUGGAAAAUACUUUGAGCCAGAGGCUUACUUCCCAGCUUGGGUUGUUUCCAAGAGGGGGAAGGACUACAUCCUGAAGCACAUUCCAAACAUGCACAAAGAUCAGUUUGCACUGACCGCUUCCGAGGCACAUCUGAAAUACAUCAAAGAGGCUGUCCGACUGGAUGAUGUCGCAGUUCAUUACUACAGAUUGUACAAGGAUAAAAGGGAAAUUGAAGCUUCACUCACCCUUGGAUUGACUAUGCGUGGAAUACAGAUUUUUCAGAAUUUAGAUGAAGAGAAACAGUUACUUUAUGAUUUCCCCUGGACAAAUGUUGGAAAGUUGGUGUUUGUGGGGAAAAGAUUUGAGAUUCUGCCUGAUGGCCUGCCUUCUGCCAGGAAGCUCAUAUACUACACGGGUUGCCCCCUGCGCUCCAGGCACCUGCUGCAGCUGCUGAGCAACAGCCACCGCCUCUACAUGAAUCUGCAGCCCAUCCUGCGCCAAAUCCGGAAGCUGGAGGAAAAUGAAGAGAAGAAGCAGUACCGGGAGUCUUACAUCAGUGACAACCUGGACCUGGACAUGGACCAGCUGGAGAAGCGCUCUCGAGCCAGUGGGAGCAGUGCUGGCAGUGUGAAACACAAGCGCCUUUCUCGUCACUCUAACACCAGCCACAGCAGCUCCCACACCUCAGGCAUUGAGGCCGACACCAAGCCACGGGACACAGGCCCUGAGGACAGCUGUUCCAGCAGUGCACUGCACCACAAGCUGAAAACUUGCAGCUCAAUGACCAGCCACGGCAGCUCCCACACUUCAGGGGUGGAGAGCGGUGGCAAGGACCGCCUGGAGGAGGACUCGCAGGACGAUGAAAUUGAAAUGUUGGUCGAUGACCCCAGGGACCUGGAGCCCAUGAAUGAAGAGUCUCUGGAAGUCAGCCCAGACAUGUGCAUCUACAUAACGGAGGACAUGCUGAUGUCCCAGAAGCUGAAUGGACACUCUGGAUUGAUUGUGAAAGAAAUUGGUUCGUCCACCUCCAGUUCAUCAGAAACCGUGGUGAAACUGCGUGGCCAGAGCACCGAUUCCCUUCCGCAGACUGUGUGUCGAAAACCAAAGACCUCCACUGAUCGACAUAGCUUGAGCCUUGAUGACAUCAGACUUUACCAGAAAGACUUCUUGCGCAUUGCAGGUCUGUGUCAGGACACUGCUCAGAGUUUUACUUUUGGAUGUGGCCAUGAACUUGAUGAGGAAGGCCUGUAUUGCAACAGCUGCUUGGCCCAGCAGUGCGUCAACAUCCAAGAUGCUUUUCCAGUUAAAAGAACCAGCAAGUACUUUUCUCUGGAUCUCACUCAUGACGAAGUUCCAGAGUUUGUUGUAUAAAGCCCAUGUGUGGGCAGCCUGCUGUUGGCCAGCGGCUGUGGGAGUUAUGGGUUCUUCCCCUAGUCCUUGUGCCAUAUCUUCUUCACCCCAAACAGCUCUUUCUUUAUAAUAUUUGUGAUGGAAACAAAAGCCUUGAGACAAUUGCACUUUAAGUAUUAUGCAGAAGUAACAUUACAGAGAAUGUAAAGCAAGACAAGUGCCAGAAGUUGAUGGAUCCUUGGGAAGAAAAUAUGCUUUACUGGUUACCAAGCCUCUGGAAUGCCAGAGCAUGGUGUGCUUUCUUCGCUUGUUGCUUUUGAAUUCAGUUGCAGUUUUCAUCAAGUGAAAGGUGUUGUUUAUUUGUAUGCCUGUACAUUAUUUUUUUUACUACUCUCUUGUGAGACAAAUGCACAUGGUUUAAAGGAGGAGAGCUGGAAGAUGGUCUCUUCCUCCAGAAGAGAGGCUGUCGCCUAGGAAACAGCCAUUGCUGCCUCACUGAGACUGUUCCCAAGUGAACAAAGUGAUCAGAAUCACAUGAUUCUAAGCAAGCCAAAGAUUUGUGUGUUAUGGAAGCAAUUGCUCGGAGACGGGAAGAAGUAAAUGAUGCUAAAGGGAAGACUGUAUGCCAGGGUGCCUUGGGACUUCCUCAUGCCUGGGUAGCACCAUGUCCUUCUGCUGGCUCCUCCUGAAACUUCUAACAUUGAGUUGAUUUUCUUAUCCAAGUGUCAGAUCACUUAUGUUUAUGUCGUAAUGAGUCUUGUGGAUAUUACAAAACCAGUGUCAGUCAGAAUUAUGGAAAUGUCUUGGAAGAUGUUCAGACUUAGGUUCAGACUUGGUGAUAUUUUAUUUGUGUUGUUUUAAUUAUCAGGAACAAUUUAUAAUAAUGCUGGUUUCUGCUUAACCAAAAUAUCCUAACUCUAUGUGUGUUCUACACAUACAACUACAUGGGAUGUGUGUGUUGAGGUGUAUUUAAGGCUUAUGGACUCUUCAUGUUAGCUUCCAUGACUGUCUUGUAUACGUGGGAUUGCCUGUUUAACAUAAAGCCUGCAUUGCUGAGUUACUGAUACGUAAAGACAAUCAACUGAUACAUAUAGAGUUAAGAAUGACUCUUCCUUCAUGUGCCUUUGGCCAUGAUUCUCAGCCCUGGUGGCAUAAUAGAGUUAUUUGGGCAUCUUUUAAAAAAAUCAGUGUCUUGGUCUCAUCCCAGACCAAUUAAAGCCGGCUCUUGUGGUAGGACCCAGGUGGGACUCAGCCUUUGCUUUCAGAGGGCUCCCAGUAGAGCUGACCUCAGCAGGGCUGCAAACCACUGACCCUGAGGGUAUUUUCUCAUGGAUUCUCAAGUGGGCAUGCAUGGAAGAUGUCCGUGUGUGAGAAAGGGCCAUUUUUAAGACAGAUCCUGCGUGCUGCUGUUAAGACACAAGAUGAAAUCAGUCAGAAGAGAGUGAUCACUUUUGGAGCUAUAGAAAGAAAAUGUUGCUCACACUUCAGGAGACUUCAUAGCACAAUGUCUUUCUAGGAGAUGUUUUUAAUGAUUUAGUACUUUGCAGCAUUUGUUUACCAUAUUUUGAUAUGCCAUUUUUUUGUAUCUGCCAGGUUUUAGUAAAAGGAAAAAUAUAUAUAUUAUUUUAUAAAGAAACAGUCAUAUUUUUGUACAAAAUUAUGUUUUCAGGUAAUAAAGAAAUAGAUUUGCGGCACAGCAAAACAUAAGCAGUGUUACUCUGUGGCUGGGAGUCAGUGUUAGAAGCAAACAGUGACCAUGAACGGGCCCCCGGGCCACCCUCUGCAGGGGCAGAGUCACCCGUGGAGCCGUGUCCAGCUGAUUUCACCUGACACUUUAGUUAAAAAAAAAAAAAGUCCUGUAGCGUUAUAUGUACAUGAAAUUAUCUUUCUUCAAAUGCUUUUAAAGAACCAAAGUUUCAGAUAUCAGAAUGUAUUUUUGCAAAAAAGAAAGGUAUCUUGGUGUCUAUCUGAAAGGAUGAAAGGAGCCUUUACUGACUGUCCCUCCGACAGGUUAUUAGGGAAUCUGCACAUCAUGGGGUGUCUGCACCCGAGGGCAGUGAAUUUCCCUAGCCCUCAGUGUCUUAGCAAGUAUAAAGGAAAAAGCGCUUAAUUAAGCAGGUGACAUUUUAUAUUUUAUUUUCUUUGCUUCAGCCAGAAUCAGGUCUUCAGGGUCUCGCCAGCAUGAUUGGUGGUUUUGCACGCCCUGUUUGUAAUUGAAUUCAUUAAUAACCUUGUGGAUUUUUGAAAAUGUAACAUGGUAAAGAACAUUUUCACUUUUUGACCCACUAUUCGCAGCAGGAUUUUAUAUCGAUGUAUAUAUAUAUACACACACAUACAAUUGUGUGCAUAUAUAGAUAUGACAAUUCACUUUGAAUAGUCUGCAUUUUUGUAUUUGGAAAUCGUUUGAAAUAAAAAAAAAGUGUAAAGCUGUUAUUUAUUCUGUACUUGUUACAUUUCCAUGCGUGGUACUAUUGUCCUGCACAGCCACAUUUGUAUCUGCAACAGUGAGCUUUAUAUCCACACAAACUGUAAAUAAUCCUUUCUGUGAAAGGAUCAGCCUAUCAGGAUGAUACCGAAAGUAUGUAUAAAAAAACAAAAACUGCAUUCUUUUGUAAUUAUUUCUUACAGGCGUUUCAUGGUAACUUUAGAGGUCAAUAAAGUUUCUUUUUUUUUUUUU